UCAAGCUGAGUUACUACAUAGUGUCACAAUAGUAAGGCUGUCUUCUUCAGAGGGAGAUUACAUACAUAAAAAAGCAGUGUUAUCAUGAAAUCAAUCAUAGUAAUGGGCUGAUAGAAUAAUUAAUAGGUAGAUUGCAAAUGAAAAACACCAUUCAGGCCUGGAUAAUGACGCACACAUGCAUGCACAGCACCCUCCUCUUACCUUGAUAAAUCUGUGAGAGAGAUGCUUACCGCUGCAGGUUCAUUGGCAGGAUGGGACAUUUCUGCAUAAAUCUGCAGGACUCCUGAGCUUCGUGUGUUGUUGUUGUUGUUGUUUAGUCUGUCUUUCUGCUCCUCCAGUCCCGGGCGAGGAAAUAGAUGCUGUCCAAGGUGCGUCAGCAGCACGGAGAAGCAGUUUGAGCAGUUGGCUGAUGCUCUAAAGAGAGACAGGGGAAGAGGGAGCUGAUUAAUUUGACAUUUUUCUUCCCGUUACCUCGUGAGAAAAAGCAAGUGAUAAUGCGGGAUCACACGUCCGGUGCUAACGUGGAGGAGCGGCUGAGGCAGUCUCAUAUGGAGUUACAGUGGAUCCAGAGACAGCUGGCCAUGCUCGCUGCCAGAAACCUACACCGUCACCACCUGCACACCAAGGGCAAGACAAGAUUUGAAGUUUCAUCCCAGCAAACUACAACACAAUCAGUCUACAAUGUGAACCGCUUUCGAUUGCUGGAGGAGAGAAACCGAGCCCUGAAGCUUGAGGUAGCCACGCUGCGCCAAGAGAAACAGCAGUAUAGGAAACUGAGAGCAAAGCUACAUGCUGCCUUGCAGGAGAAAAAUCAUCUGAACCUUGAGCUGAUCAACCACCACCUGAAGACGUCCAAGUAUGACCAGGUGCGAUCAGACUAUGACCAGCUGAGACAGACCCUUGCUGUAGUGAGCCAGGAGAGAGACGUGGCCCAGCAGCAGAGGAGCCAACUCCAAGGCAAAGUGGAGGACCUGGAACAGGUUCUAAAGCGUAUGCACCAGGCUGUAGAGCUGAAGCAGCAGCUGCAGAUAGAGCAUGAGCGAGCCUUGGUGGCCCUUCACACCAAGCAGAAGGAGAUCAAUCAACUGCAAAAGAACAAUAUGGACAGAAUGUUUCAGGUCAAGGUUCGUGACCUGGAGCAGAAAUGCAGGUCACGGAGUGAGCACUACCAUCAGCUGUCCAACGAGCUGCUGAAUUUCCGUUUGCAAUCAGAUACUGUGGACAUCCUAAAAUUUAAUCCCGCUUCCACAUCCCAGAUCCUUCUCUCACCAGAGAAGAAACUCUCACAAGUCAUCGUUGAAUUUGAACCCCAGAAAGAGACAGGCGAUGAGAGUGUGGCACACACGCCGCUACUGAUCUCCCAGUUCUUGCCCUGCACACCACAGACUGGAGACAGAGAAAGACCACAACUGCUGUCUGUCAAAUCCAGCACCGUGACAAUAGACCGCCCCAGAAGCCCUCGACAGCGGACCCCCUCAGAGAUGGAGGAUGAGGCCAGCCCAUCACCCAGGUCCAAGCCUCGCUACACUGGCCAGGUCCGCCUUUGCACUGCCCGAUACAGUUAUAACCCUUACGAUGGACCAAACGAGCAUCCUGAGGCAGAACUCCCCCUUGUGGCUGGAAAAUAUCUGUACGUGUACGGAAACAUGGAUGAUGACGGCUUCUAUCAAGGGGAGCUGCUAGAUGGCCAGCGAGGACUUGUUCCGUCCAACUUUGUGGAGUUUGUCCAGGACAAGGAAAAGCUAGCGAUUCAGUCUGGGGAGGGAGGAGAAGACCUGGGCCCACUGGACCAUAUGCCCCUGGCCUUGAUGGCAGUGGAUGGAGGUGCCUCACAGGAUGGUCUCCUGGGCUCAUCUAACGCCUUGGUUCCCUGUAGCAAUGGGACAGGGGGGCCCAUGGACCCUGAGGACCUGGCUGAAGACGUUGUGCCUUAUCCCCGAAAGAUCAACUUGAUCAAGCAGCUGGCACGGAGCGUCAUUGUGGCCUGGGAGCCUCCACUAGUGCCUUUGGGCUGGGGGAACAUCUCUGGCUACAACGUGUUAGUAGACGGGGAGCUUCGUGCCAGUAUAGCGUACGGUGGCCGGACCAAGUGUUUGCUGGAGAAGCUGGACCUGGACGGCUGCGUUCAUCGCGUGUCGGUGCAGAGUGUCACGGACCGGGGCCUGUCAGACGAGCUGCGCUGCACCUUGCUGGUGGGAGCCAACGUGGUGGUGGCGCCGUGCGGCCUUCGGGUGGACGACAUACAGCGCGACACUGCCGAGCUCUCCUGGUUGCCUAGCAACAGUAACUAUGGUCACACCGUGUUCUUGGACGGGGUAGAGCAUGCAGUGGUAAAGCCAGGAAGGUAUAUACUACGCUUUAUCAACCUGAAGCCCCUGACGGUGUACAAAGUGACGGUGGUGGCACAGCCGCACCAGGUGCCAUGGCAACUGCCUCUGGAGCAGAGAGAGAGAAAAGAAGCCGGUGUGGAGUUCUGCACUCAGGCUGCAGGUCCACCACCAUAUUGCAGAACAGGCCCUCCCCAGCCUCCCCAGGAUGUACAGGUGCUCUGUGGGCAGGCUCCAGGGGUCCUACAGGUCCGCUGGAAGCCCCCCAUCCUCUCUCCCAUGGGCACAUCCAAUGGGGCAAAUGUCGUUGGCUAUGCAGUCUGCACUAAAGGACAGAGGAUAGCUGAGGUAUUGUUCCCAAUGGCAGACUAUGUUACUGUCGAGCUGACAAGGAUUCAGUGCCUGGAGGCCAGGGAAGUCAUCGUCAGGACGCUAUCAGUACAGGGAGAAUCCCAGGACUCCCAAGUUGCCGUCAUUCCAAACAACCUCCUUGUGCCUCUACCUGCUCUGCCCCUGCCACCGCCAAUGCACCCCCACGCAGGCCCCCCUCCGCACUCCCAUGCUCAACCCCACCUCCAAUCCCCUCACCAUCCUCAUGCCACACCCCAACUUCCCGCUCCACCCCAGGCACAUGGACAACCACUCCAACCACAUCCUCCUCACCCUCAACCCCAUCCCAGAAAUUCCCACCCAGGUGGACCCCCGCAACCCCAGCUUCGACCCCCACGUCCUCAGCCCCUACACCUUCAGCCUUACCCUUCCCAACAAGGUCCCAGGCCCCAGCACCAACUGCCUCUGCUACCCCACCCCCAUCACCACCCUAUACCUCAGAGACCAGUAUGUGCCAGAGACCUGGAUGCCAAAGAGCACGCGGCCCACCACGGGGGAGCUUUUCCUCCUGGCCAGCCUGGCUGGGACCCCACACGCUCGCCCUCUUCCCAGCCUCCUGUGCCCAUGCAAGGCCACACCCUUGAGGCCCCUCCCCCUGCCAAUCCACGCUCCCCCUCCCCCCAGAGGAUUCUUCCACAGCCUCGAGGCACACUCAUCCCGGACACGGUGGCCAAAGCCAUCGCCCGAGAAGCAGCGCAAAGGGUGGCAGCAGAAAGUGGCAAGGGGGACAGGAGGCAGGGCAAAUACGGAGAGCAGGGUCGUUCAUUUCACCAGCAUCACUCUGAUGAGGAAGAGGAAGACGAAGAAGGGUUUGCGGGCGGCCGUCGGAGAGGACCCUCAGUUGAUGAGUUCCUCAGAGGCUCUGAGCUUGGGAGGCCGCCUCACUAUGGUCACAAUGAAGAUUAUCACAGCGAAAGCAGCCGGGGCUCUGACCUGUCUGACAUCAUUGAAGAGGAUGAGGAGGAGCUGUACUCUGAGAUGCAGCUGGAAGAGGGACGUCGACGCAACACGCACAACACACCCAAGGCCAACGCUGGAGGCCGUCAUGACCGGGAGACUGGGCGAAGAACUCAUCAUGGCGGUUCCCAGCCUCAGAGACGACCUCUAAUGGUCCCCUCCAUUGAGGUAACCUCUGAGAAUAACGGUGAGGGAAACCCCAUCACCGAGGAUGUUUACUAUGGCAAAGUAGCUCGGCACAGGAAGUGGUCUUCCCGCAGGCACAUGGGCGGCACCAGGUCUCCCCAUGAUGACUACAGGGAUCGGGAUCGCCGCUCUCCCACCUACUAUGAUGAGUCAGAGCCCGAGGAGUCUUUCCGGAUCUUUGUGGCCCUCUUUGACUACGAUCCACUGUCCAUGUCCCCCAACCCAGAUGCAGCUGAUGAGGAGCUGCCCUUCAAAGAGGGGCAGAUCAUUAGGGUGUACGGUGAUAAAGAUACAGAUGGGUUUUACAGAGCAGAAGUGAGAGGCAGGAUGGGGCUGAUCCCCUGUAACAUGGUCUCAGAGAUCCGAGCGGAGGACGAGGAGACCAUGGACCAGCUCAUCAAACAGGGCUUUCUGCCACUCAGCACCCCUGUGGACAGAAUAGAGCAGAACAGAAGAGGCCUCCGUCGAGAUCAGGCCUCGAGGAGGAUGGUGGCUCUGUACGACUACGAUCCCCGAGAGAGCUCCCCUAAUGUUGAUGUCGAGGCUGAGCUGACCUUCUGUGCUGGUGACAUCAUGGCUGUGUUUGGAGAUAUUGAUGAAGACGGAUUCUAUUAUGGUGAGAUCAACGGCCACCGUGGUCUGGUUCCCUCUAACUUCCUGGAAGAAGUGCCUGAUGACGUGGAGGUGUAUCUGACCGAUACUCCGUCCCACUACCCCCAGGAAGAGCCUGCCAACCGGCCGCCUGCCAACUCUGCCGCCACCGUCUCAGAGGGCAAACGGGUUACCACAGAAACCACCGACGCGGUCGACAACGACGCCACACCUGUCCGAGCGCCGUCCCCGAUUGUUCGGCCCCUCCUCCCAGGCACCAUGAGACCCCUCAGUCCUACGAGGGGCCCCCGCAUCCCUGUGGAGUCUAGGGACCCCCGAGACCAAGAUCUGGCAAACAAGAAGAAGAAAGGACUACUUUCCAAGGGGAAGAAGCUCCUGAAGAAACUCUCCCCUGUGAAAUAAAAAAAAAGGCAUACAUGUACGUUACGUGUAUAUGCCAGGCUCUGUAUAUUGCAUCCAUACAAUCAACUCUGAUCCAACAACACAUGACAGAGAAGAUGUGAGCUUUGUCUCCUGGACUGCCUGAGCCUAUUUUAAUAUAACCAGUGAUACAAUUAUUCAUGUACGGUGAUGGACACAAAUCAAUUAUGUACAGUGCAGUGCCAAAAUCAAGAGAGAGGUCACCUGCAGACACAAUAACAUACUACUGUGAUGUAUUUUAAAUCAACGGAUGACUAAAAAAACUACAAAAAACUAGGAUUUUCAUGACAGUAUUUUUCUGUUUUCUUUAUCAUUACUUAAAGAAACUAUUCAUUUGUUUAAAGCAGGGUAGCUAUGAAAACAAAGCAUCUGGUUACAUCUUCUAACAGGCUUUUUUCUCAGCAAAAAAACAAAAACAUAAAUAUUUGUGGAGUAUUGAUGUCACUUCAAGGAAACGGAGACCUUACUCCUCUAUGAAGAUCUCAAAUAGACUACACUGUUAUCGAGGCAUUCUGUGAAGUAAUGCUGGCUGCUAACACAAAGGCUUUAUUCUGUGCAAUAUCAUAGAGAGGCGGUAGCAUAUGUAUGUGGAAGAAACAUUUCCACUUGUACCUGUGAUUUCAGCAGAGUGGAGUUUUUCUGUGAUGAAAGGCAUUUAAAAAAAAAAUAAAAAAUAGAAUAGCAGAUUGGCAACAGGGCAUUAACGUCAGAGACCCCGGGCGAGCUUAGCUGUCUCAGUGGCCUUUAUUAAAACAAGAUGAGCGUGACAUUUCUCGUUUGAUUACAAGUUUGAUUUACACCGGGUUUUUUUUGUUUCAUGACGGGUUGCUUGUGCUUUGUCAUUUUUUUUAAAUUAAAUAAGAGCAAAAAUGUGUGUCUGCGUCCUCGCUGUCAAACUGUCAUGAAACGCCUAGUACAAGACAAAACUUUGUGUCUGUCUUCCUAUUGCACAAAGGUGGGUGUUUUGAUUGGUAAAAGACAUGUUUUGUGUGCCUGUGUGUGUGUGUGUGUGUGUGUGUGUGUGUGUACGGCAUUAUGUGAUGCGUUCAUGUUUUGCACCUUUCAUGUCUCUUGCUCACUUUUCUUUUCUUAAGGAGAGGCCAUGCAGUUAUUGGUCCUGUGGUUUAGUGAUGUGCUGCUACCUCCAUUGCCUGUGCACUGUUCAGUUUUGUUGUCUCAUGUUAAAAGGCCGUUAAAGCCUAAUAGAAAUUACAAAUCAAAAUGUCAAGGUGUGCAUUGUUCGCUGGUUAUGUUUCAUCGAACUGAGGUCUGUGGAGAGAAACACUAACUGAUUUCACAUUUCAUAUCUGGUUGCAUAUAUGUUCUACAUGACUUGUACUUACAGUACUUAAGGACUAUACCAUUACAAUUUAACAUGUUCCACCUUUUCUGGUACGGAAUAGAUUUGGACUUUUUUCCUUUGAUCUUGGAUAUUUUAACAAUUUAUGAAAUAAGCACAUGUAGUCAAAGCCUGAGUCUGCAUGGAGACAGUUAUCAGUGAUGUCAAUUUUCUGUUUCUCCAUUUAGUUUGUUGACUCACUGAAUGUUUCAUAUUUAACCGAGUCUUCUGACACCAACACACAUAUUUGCAUUAUGUCACUAAAAGACUUGCAAUGGGAAAUGUCAUCAGAUCAGUGGAAACUACUUGAUAUCCUGCAGACUGUCACACUGGCUCUCUAUUAAUUCAGUUUGUUAUUCAUUGUCAGCGUAAAAAGCUCCAAAAUGUGUCUUGAAUACAAGAUGGAUGAGUCUGCAGUGAGGACAUACUGAAAUCUAAAUGAAGUGUUCUAAGUGAAUGACAGCAUUUCACUUUCACUUUCCAAAUUUAAUUAGUUUUAGCUUGUUUCAAAGUUUUUGUUCUUCAAUUUAUUCUGUUCCAGUUCUCCCACAAGUCCUCCAAAACACACAUCCAUAUGGGUUGUUUAUUCCUUCCCUCUUAUACGACCAAUAGGAGCGUUUCAUAAAUUAGCGCCCCUAGCGGUGCCAGGACAUACAAGUCGUAUUUUAGGGUAGGACAGUCUGUUUAAUGAUAAACUUUAUCCUACAUUCAGCAUGAAUUUUCAACUUUCAGAUAUCCUUCUGCAGCCAGUAGUUCCAAUUCAGCCUAUAUUAACCUUUUUAUUUUUUUUACUGGUUUUCACAUCCAGGUAAAUUGGAAAACCUGGAGCUUGGAGAGCAAACCAAAUUCUAAAUGAAAGAAUGGAAGCCCUAAAAUGCGCAAUGCCCCCCGAAAAAAGAAAAAAAAGGGAAAACCUACCUCAGUUUUUGGCUUAUUAUAGUCAUUGUACAAGAGUAUAGAAAUAAUAAAUUGGAAUUUCUUUUUUUUUAAAGCAAAUAUUACCUUGGAUUACUAAGAGGAAUACUGUACCAACAUUUUGUGUGCUGUGGAGGUGACUAAAAGUGCUCAAGAAUUACUAACUGGAGGGAUAGUAUGUCUCAUAGCUUUAAUCCUUAAAAAGCUUAUCCUCUCUCUGUUUAGUUUUAAAUAUCCAGUAAAUCCUAUGUAUCUCCAGUUGUCCUUUAUGUCAAGUUGCACUUGAGGGUUCUCUCUCCUCAUUAUUUAUUUAUAGUAUUGAUUCAAUGCAAUGACUAGUGAGGGUUUGCCAAAAUGGAUUGUAAGAAAAGUUCGGCUGACAACCGGUUUACAUGCUUUUGGUUCCAAAGCUGUUUAUGUAUGGUUUCUCAUUCACAAAGUCACAAAGUUGAAUUACUGUAACAUGGUGUCCCAAAGCCAAAUCAUUCACUUGUGAAUGGGCGUAGAGUCUCUAAACGCUGUAGCUCUUUUGUACUUUGAUCCAUUUGUAGAUAAUUUAUAAAUGUUUCUACUUGAUUUUACGACAGCCUUUUUGUUAGUGCACUGAGAUUUCCUCUCCCUCUAACAGACUGCAAGCAUUCUCCAUAGUGUCCUUUGAAAUCAGAUGUAUCAGUCCACCGUAUGUGCUUGCUUUGUGAAUCAAAGUUUAAAAAAGAAAAAAAGA